AUGAUCCAAAGUGUUCGGUCUUACCUUACCGAUACACAUUGUAAUUUGCUGUUUACCUUCCUCGUGGACUUCUUAGACUGGGUCAUAACCUUUUUACUUUGGUCAGCUGCAUUCAUAUGUGAUAAGAUCGAUGGUUUUCGUAGACAGUUUGAUAUUCAUGAUUCGAGCAUUGCGCAUACUUUUACCGAACACGAACGAGUGCCGGUAGGACAACUGGCCCUUCUGUCUGUCUUUUUACCAGCUAUCUCGAUGGUUAUUCUCAAUCGUCUUCAACAUCAUUCUAUACGUGAUAUUCAUCAUGGUCUUCUAGGUUUACUUUUGGGUCUAAGUCUUACAACUGUUGUGACCCAAGUCACGAAAAUUUGUAUCGGUCGACCUCGUCCUGACCUCUUAGAUCGAUGUAAACCUCAACUUCCUCUUCCCAUGGGAACGAUAUGGACCAACAGCUCGAUUUGUUCAACUCAUACUAAAUCAUAUCGUCUUAUAGAUGGAUUUCGUUCUUUUCCAAGUGGUCACUCUAGUACUGCUUGGGCUGGACUUGGAUUUUUAUCUUUAUAUACUUCUGCAAAAUUGAAAACUUUUGAAAAACCAGAAAGACGGGUUGUGAAUCCCAUCUUUUCACUUCUUCCUUUGAUUCUUGCAUCUUGGAUAUCGAUAUCACGAACUAUGGAUUACCGACAUCAUUGGGAAGAUGUUGUUAUAGGCGGUUUGUUAGGGAUGUUGAUGGCUUGGUUUAGUUAUCGAAUGUAUUAUCCUUCGAUCACUUCUCAAGAUUCACAUGAACCAUUCCACUUCAGAUAUCAUCAUCCUAUGCUUUCAGAUUACGAACCAGUAGAAAGUAAUAUUGAAGAUGAAGAUAUACCUUGA